AUGAAUUUCAAUGGAACACCUUUUUUUUUACGUGCAUUAGCUAUUGAUCAGAUUGAACGAAAAUUAUAUCAAUUAUUGGAUACACUUGAUAUUUGUAUUAGUGGAUUAGAUGGUUGCUAUGCUAUUUAUUUUAUUCAGAUGGAAAGAAUGAAUUUAAAUGGAAAUAAUUUUCUUAAAAUUAAUGGUACUGAUAUAGCUCGACUAUUGGGUUUAACAAUUGAUAUUAUCACUCAAAGAACUUUUUGGAUUGAUAGACGUUUACAAAGAUUAAACAUAGAAACCUACAAUGUAUUUAUUAUUAAAUAUAAAGUAAAUGAUCGAACAUUGAAGGUAAAUUUAAUUUUUAUAUUGUAUUAG